AUGGGACGGACUAUUAGCUAUCUGAGUUUGUGCAACAAAUUACAGGAAGUGUGGGAUGAAACGGAAGGCUUUGCACUUAUGAAUCUGGGAAGGGAUUACUUUUUGGCCAAAUUCUGGAAGGCUGAGGAUUUUCAAAAGAUCUUAAAAUCAGGGCCGCUCUACUUCUAUGGAGCUUAUUUCCACAUCUGGGAGUGGGAUAGCUCUUUUGAUGCUGCAACGAACAAAGUGAAAUCGCUGACUGUUUGGGCUAGGAUGCCGGGAUUACCGGUACACUACUACAACAAGGGAUUUCUGCGCCAUAUUGGCCAACUUCUAGGGAGAGUAGUGCAAAUUGACCACUAG